UUCGCUGUUGAUGUAUUUUCUGUUGUAGAGGACAUGUUCACUUUAUUGAAACAUUAAACACAUUUCUAGGGCUAAAUGGAGGUAAUUGUAUAGCAUUAUUCAACAACGUUUCAAGUAGGCCAUCAGUGACAAACACCAUUUUGUAUUAAACUCCAGACAUUCAAGAAAUCGUUGACGAAUAUGCCGCUCUUUGGGAAUACAUUCACCCCAAAGAAAACCCCACCUCGAAAGUCUGCAUCCUUAUCGAACCUCCAUACUUUGGACCGGUCAACGAGGGAGGUGGAAUUGGGCCUUGAAUAUGGGGUUCCGGUGAUGAACAUUGGAGGCCAAAGUUUAAAAUUUGAAGAGGGGCAGUGGACUUCAGAGUCUGGCGGAACUGUGUCUAGCAAAGAAAUGCAGAGGCUAAAGAAGAGGAAUCUGCAGCUGGAAGAGGAAAACAACCUCCUCAAACUGAAAAUUGACCUCCUGUUAGACAUGCUGUCUGAAACCACGGCCGAGUCCCACCUGAUGGAGAGGGAGUUGGAGGAGAUGAAGAUCCACCAGCGGAGGAAAAAAUGAAACAUCUGAAGGCUUGGAAAUUACAACUCUAUUCAACAUUUGACUAUUCAGAGUAGUUUCGGGAUCAAUGUAAUGGAAAUUGUCAAUUUUAUCCUGGGUCAGGAUAACCUAUACUGACAUCUGUUCAAGGUUCAUGGUUGUGUGUAUUGUUUAUCUAAAAGAAACAUGUAGUUCAACAGCAUUUAGGAACCAGUUUGCUGUCAAGUUUAUAUGAUUCAUUGGUGAGGUUUAUAUAAAGCCAUAUUUUUACUUGGUGGAAAUAGUUAACAAUGAGCCAUCAUGACAAAGGGGCAUCUGGAAUGUCCUGUGAGUUCUCGAAUCUCUAGAUUUGCCUUCUAUUACUUUUAUUAUUGUAUAGUCAAUGUCGCUGAUUGCAUUCAAAGAUAUGUUUCAUAUUUAUUUUCCACUUUAAUAAAGAAAUAGAGUUGGGGUUAACCCUAGCCCCAAACGUAUUCAACAGAUCUUUGGUUUGUACUUUUUGAACAUUCAUUGCGUUGAAAUAAUAUUUUUUGCAUGGGUUUGUUGGGCAACAAUCAUACAUUCUAACGUGGUGAUUCAACAUUUUAUGAUGCAACAUUGCUUGUUUGUUUAUUCCUCACAACGUCUGCUUUGAAUUCUCUGGAUGGUUAACAUACCAUAGUUCAUCCAGGAAAACGUUUUUUUGUAUUACUACACCGGUUUAUGUUGGCAUGCUUUACCCAGUGUAUGUGUGUUUCGGAUGUUGAGGACUAUUGUAAGUGGUCUAUAUAAAAUCACCCGUAGCCUAAUCGAAACCGGACUGUUAUUUUUUUUGUAGAAUUUGCAACAAGCUUGUGAGUUAUCGUGUAUCUGUUUAUUUCACCAAAGGUCGAGUACAUUUAUUUAUCCAAAAAAUAUACAUCGUGCUUCUAUUGGCUGAAUAUUGUCCCACGGCGCUGGUGUCACCGAUCUCUCCGGAAGCGACUGCUGAAGGCUACUGGCAGCGGGAGACACGAAGGCGGCACUCUCUUGUCUUUCUUCCGAAAAUACGUUAGCGAUCGUCAGUGGACCGCAAAAACCCGUUCCACUAUUUAGAAAGUCAAGAUCUGAUUGUAGACAUGCCACGAGGCGG